CUGCGAUCCGCCGUAAAGCAAGAAGAAGAAGAAGAAGGUAAUACAGAGGAAGUAAACAGUCCGGUUGUUGCUUCACUCGAGUGCCUGUUAAAACCCAAUAGUGGGUCUCAUUUCACAACUAAAUGUAGUAGUGAAACCUUACAUAAGAAAACGAUGUCAACAGCAAUGAACUUCGGAACCAAGAGCUUCCGACCGCGUCCACCGGACAAAGGAGCGUUUCCCUUGGAUCAUUUCGGUGAAUGUAAAUCAUUUAAAGAGACAUAUAUGCGAUGCCUUAGAGGCAACCGUUUUGACAGUUCGCGUUGUCGGGUAGAGACAAAGGAGUAUCUGGAGUGCAGGAUGGACAGACAGUUAAUGGCAAAGGAACCCUUUGAAAAACUUGGCUUUAAGGACUUGGAGGAAUCAGAAGAAGAAAAUAAAGCCAAACUCUGACGACUUAUAAUUCGGGGUGUAAUUCAAACAAUGUGUUUGAGGGACACUAGGCAGUGUUCCAAUUGUGUCAAAGCUCUUGGGUUGUCCCCCUAACUGCCCCCCACAAAAAAUAAAUAAAUGAUAUAUGUAAUUAUGUAUAUAUGUUGUAUGUAUAUACCGAUUGCUGUUAAGUCCCUGAAUCAAUCAUCAGACUGACAGAUAAAUCAUCUUUUUGAAAAGUCAUCCACUUAUUAAUAAAUCACAAAAAUGUUA